GUGUCACAACAUUUAGGCUUUUAAGCUUUGAGUUCAGAAAAACGAUCGGAAUCAAUCGAAAACACAUAAGAUCAUCAUAUAUAUUUUCAUAUUUCUACAUUGUGUCUCGGAUGAACCACCCUGGCGCGGAUUAGGUUAUCCGGCCGUCAAUCCACCCCCGAUCCGUGCCGAGGAUUAGAUAUCGCCGCGGACUUUACCACCACCGCACGGCAGAGAGAGGAAAGUGGGACUUUAUUGUUAAAAGCUAGCCAGCUAGCUUUUCAAAGCGGCUUGUUUGUGUGGGUAUACCGCGGACCGCAGGCUAUAUGGCAACGAAUUACGAGCCUAUAUAUGGACUUUCAGAGGACGAGCAUGAAACGCGAGUGCUACGGGUCAAAGUUAUUGCAGGAAUUGAUCUGGCGAAGAAAGACAUCAUCGGUGCCAGUGAUCCUUAUGUCAAGCUUUCCCUCUAUGUUGCUGAUGAAAACAAAGAGCUUGGUUUAGUCCAGACAAAAACUAUUAAAAAGACCCUCAAUCCUAAAUGGAACGAGGAAUUCUAUUUCCGGGUGUGCCCACAGAACCACAGGCUGCUUUUUGAGGUGUUUGAUGAAAACCGAUUGACAAGAGAUGAUUUCCUUGGACAAGUUGACGUUCCCCUCAGUCAUCUGCCGACAGAGGAUCCUGCUAUGGAGCGCCCGUACACGUUUAAAGACUUCCUGCUUCGACCAAGAAGUCACAAGUCCAGGGUGAAGGGUUACUUGCGUCUGAAGAUGGCCUAUUUGCCCAAACAAGGAGGACAAGAGGAGGAGGCUGGAGAGAUGAGGGAAGAGGCUGAGGUAAGGUCUCAGACAAUAUUGCUGUGUGAUCAGCUGCUUAUCACCUACAGAUCCUGUAACGCACACAGACAGAUUCUGUCUUCCUGGGAGCUCAUCAACGAAGAGGAUCCCAACGACAGCUUGGCCCAGUCUCUGCCCGCUCCCUCCUCCGUUUUGACCCCGCAGCACUCACCGACGCCUGCUGCCCAGGAGUUCUCUGAAGACCUAAGUCUGAGGCUGUCAAUCGCCCCCGAAACGAACGGUGAACUGCCAGGGCCCAGCUCCUCUCUGAGCCAGCUGUCAAACAGACUCCGGUCUUCAAGUAUGACAGAUGGUGUCAGUGAUCAGGCCCAGGCACCUCCUCUAACGCAGGGUCCCCAGACCAGAAGAACAAGAGCUCAAACUGUGUCAGGUGGUGAGGAGCCCAUGUCCCCCUCGGCAGCUUCCUACACCCUGACCACCCCCGGCCUGCCCCCCGGAUGGGAGGAGAGGAAGGACGCCAAGGGAAGAACUUAUUACGUCAAUCAUAACAACCGCACCACUACUUGGACUAGGCCAAUUGUGCAGCUGACUGAAGACGGAGCCAGCACCUCAGCAGCAGCAGUAGCGUCAGGGUCUGCCUCAGCCCUGGUACCCGCUUCCACCCCUUCCUCCUCCUCUUCCAAUGCUUCCAACCACCACCUCCAUGAGCCCCAAGUCCGACGACCUCGUAGCCUCAGCUCUCCCACUGUCACCCUUUCCACCCCUUUGGAGGGUGCCAACAACAUCCAGGUGCGGAGGGCGGUGAAAGACACCCUCUCCAAUCCGCAGUCUCCUCAGCUGUCUCCGUACAGCUCCCCAAAAUCACAACACAAGACCCAGCAGAGCUUCUUGCCCCCGGGCUGGGAGAUGAGGAUAGCCCCUAAUGGACGGCCUUUUUUCAUCGACCACAACAGCAGAACCACCACCUGGGAGGAUCCCAGGUUGAAAUAUCCCGUCCAUAUGAGGAAUAAGAACUCAAUGGAACCUGGUGAACUUGGUCCUCUUCCUAACCUACCAGAGGAGCCCGGAUGGGAGGAGAGGGUUCACACAGAUGGACGCACUUUCUACAUUGACCACAAUACAAAGACCACUCAGUGGGAGGACCCCCGUUUACAGAGUCCGGCUAUCACGGGACCCGCUGUUCCUUACUCCAGAGAGUUCAAGCAGAAAUAUGACUACUUCAGGAAGAAAUUAAAGAAACCGGCAGAUAUCCCCAACCGCUUUGAGAUGAAGCUACACAGGAACAACAUCUUCGAGGAGUCCUACCGUCGAAUCAUGUCCCUGAAGAGGCCGGACGUUCUAAAAGCACGAUUAUGGAUCGAGUUUGAAUCAGAGAAAGGACUGGACUACGGCGGCGUGGCCAGGGAGUGGUUCUUCCUCCUGUCUAAGGAGAUGUUCAACCCCUACUACGGCUUGUUUGAGUACUCUGCCACGGACAACUACACUCUCCAGAUCAAUCCUAACUCUGGCCUCUGCAAUGAGGAUCACCUUUCCUAUUUCAAGUUCAUCGGGCGUGUGGCGGGAAUGGCUGUGUUUCAUGGAAAACUCCUGGAUGGUUUUUUCAUACGUCCAUUUUACAAGAUGAUGCUGGGGAAACAGAUAUCGCUUAAGGACAUGGAGUCUGUCGACAGUGAAUACUAUAACUCCCUAAAGUGGAUUCUGGAAAAUGAUCCCACAGAACUGGACCUGAGGUUUUGUAUUGACGAGGACAACUUUGGACAGACAUAUCAGGUUGACCUGAAGCCCAGCGGUUCAGACAUGGUGGUCACCAAUGAGAACAAGAAAGAAUACAUUGACUUGGUCAUCCAGUGGAGGUUUGUCAACCGGGUCCAGAAGCAGAUGAAUGCCUUCCUGGAGGGAUUCACUGAGCUCAUUCCAAUAGAUUUGAUCAAGAUCUUUGAUGAAAAUGAACUUGAGCUGCUCAUGUGUGGCUUGGGCGACGUCGACGUUAACGACUGGAGACAACACACGGUUUACAAGAACGGCUACUGUCCCAACCAUCCGGUGAUCCAGUGGUUCUGGAAGGUUGUCCUGCUGAUGGAUGCUGAGAAGAGAAUCCGACUCCUCCAGUUUGUUACGGGAACGUCGCGGGUGCCGAUGAAUGGCUUCGCUGAACUUUAUGGUUCUAAUGGCCCUCAGCUCUUUACAAUUGAGCAGUGGGGAACACCAGAUAAGCUACCGAGAGCUCAUACGUGUUUUAACCGCCUGGAUCUGCCCAGCUACGAAUCCUUCGAGGACCUGAGAGAGAAGCUCCUCAUGGCGGUGGAGAACGCUCAAGGCUUCGAGGGAGUCGACUAAAGCGCACCUCCCUCCUCUCCCCCCUCUCCGACUCUAUCCAGCAACAACCAAUAGCAAAAGAAACGAAAGCGAAUCCCCAGGGACGUGAAGCCAGCUGCUUGUAGCAGUUUUUGUGCGAGCAUGUUGUACUGUUAACGCCUGACCGUGAGCCGCCUCCACUGCAUGGUGGUUUAAAGACUGUACAGCAACUUUGUCGAGCCAAUAUGCCUACGUGUUUCUAUCUUUACAGUGCGGGAUGGGUCACUCCUUUUUUCUUUUUUUUUUUUUUUAAGAUGCUGGGAAGAGAAAAGGGAGCAUUGCACUGCCUCAGUUCUGAGAUGUCUUAUCUGCGGGCUUGAUCGACAGGAAAAAAUUAAAAAUUAAAAAAAUCACCCACACAGCA